AUGUCGGAUGAAUCUCGGGACGAGGCCAUCCGCGAAGCCAAGCGAUACGUCCGCGACGUUGUCCAAAACGACUGGUCCUUCGAAUUUUCGGCAAAACCCGGUGCCCCUCCUCCAAAGUACCCUGCGAACCCAGAGCCCACGGAAGUUCUGGAAUGGCGAAUUCGCGAAUAUGAUAGCUCCGGAUCAGAGCUUGAACCUCAGUUCUCGCCUGUCGCGAGUCCCGGGCCUCUAGAGGGGGGCGAUGCUUUUGAUGGCUUCUCAGGCGCUCUUAGCUCAGUGUCCUCAGAAGAAACCCGGCACACUGAGCGCCGGCGCAAGCGUCGCAGGCAGAUGGAAGAGGAGAUGAGUUGGAAUGAAGGACUGCGUACAUGGGUAGAGAGACGCGAUGCAUGGUCCGGGGCUCAGUCUCGAAAGCAGGUCAAGGCAUGGGAGAGAAAACAGCGAUCGGUGUCGGCGACUGGUACGGAGCUUGAGGGCAACACUGCGACUCCUGAUUCAGAUAUCCAGAACACUUCAGGAUUUCUUAACUCCAAUCCAGUUGCUGUUCCGGCUACCAGGGAGACAUCUAAUCUCGCGUCGAAGACAGAUGCUCUGAACAUUACCCGAAAGGAAGAUGAUGCGCGGCGUAUUCAUGACAACGACGUCCAACCAUCACUGGCUGGCCAGAUUACUGUCAACGACGCAACUCAAGCCGAAAUCACCACCAGCCCUAUUACUGAGAUAGCAGACUUAUCAAAGCCCCUCUCCGCCUCCGCGGCCAUCCCGGCAGCAUCCCCGUCCACCAGUUCCACCUCCUCAUCCCCCUCGUCAGACACCUUCCACGACCCUCUUAUCCCUGUCGUUCCCUCCCUUAUCUCAACCUCCAACCCAAUUCGCGCCGCCAUAACCCCCGCAAUGUACCCCUCCAUCUACUCGAAGGUUGUCAUCCAAGGCCUCACUCCUACCGUCCCAAUAAAUCUCGCGGACAUGACAAAUUCUAUGGUCCAAGGCUGGAAAGCAGACGGACAGUGGCCUCCAAAGCCUCAAAAUCUCGUACUAACUAACGACGCAAUUGUCCGGCCCACCAAUACCUCCGCUUCAAAACACCCCGAUACUCCCGCUAUUCCCCCAUCAACAGCCGACAAGGACAGGAAUCCGCCGAGCUCGCCGGAGUCAAAGCGCAAGUCCUCAAUCGCGAGCACGGUGCGCAAGGUCUUGCAUUUCUCAGGGUUCCACCCGCAUCCAUUCCACAGGCGUGGCUCGUCAAGCCAACAUCUUUCACACCCUGAGGAUCUCCCCGGGGCUGCCGAGGGCUCAGCAGUCGUGGAGGGGGAUGCUGAACAAGCGGAUAAAUAA